CUAACAUUAAAUCAAGCACUUUUGUCAUCGGUUUUUGGUAGAUUCACAGUUCAGCACAAAUUAUUAUACUUUUAGUUAACAAUCAAUUUUAUGUAGUUCGUAUAUGAUUGUUGGUGGUGGCAAACAGAUCGUUGUGCUGGAGUUGUGGUCGGCUAGCUUACGUUAACGUAGACUACCUAGCUAGCUAACAAGCGUGAGCAUAGCUAGCAGUGCUUGUGCUAGCAAGCUAAAUUGCGUUACACUAGUAGCCACCUAGUUAACUAGCUAGCUAGUGCUGUGUUAACAACGCUGCGGUCCUACACUUACUAGAUCGCUUCUGGUGGCUGAUAUAUCCUGGUUGUAUAACUAGUUAAGCUACAGUUUGCUUGAUGUUGGACGUGCUGCUGCUAGCCAGCUAGGUUAUCUGUAUCGUAUGUCAAUCGAUAUCGUUAAAUGAUGACGUUUUAAAUAGAUACUCACACGGGGCAUGUGUACAUUACGUAGUGCUACCCGUGAGCGUUAAUUUAAAUACCCGACAAGAUGCCUGCGGUGUCCGCGGGGGUUAAGGAGUUGUACCUGUCAACAUCUUUAGGAGAGCUCAACAAGAAGGCUCAACUCAAACCCGAGAAAUUCAGCACCAGAAGCUAUGUCCAGAGCGCUGGCAAGAUAUACCAGACGGCAGAAGAGUGUCGCCUUGAUGGAGAUGAAGAGAAAGCAUAUGUGCUUUAUAUGAAGUACCUGACAGUUCAUGAUAUCAUCAAGAAAAGACCCGAUUUCAAGCAACAUCAGGAGUUUUUCCUGUCUAUGCUAGGGCCCACCAGCUUUAAGAAAGCCAUAGAAGAAGCUGAGAAGCUGUCUGGAAGCCUUAAACUCAGGUAUGAGGAAGUGGAGGUUCGCAAAAAGCUGGAGGAGGAUGAAAGGCAAGAAGAAAAGAAAAGGAGAGAGGAGAGGACAAAGAAAGAUGGAGGGCAGGCCUCUCCCAAAGGCCUGACAGACAUGAAGAAGGACUACAAGAAGGUGAAAGGAGAACAGAACAAGUUGAAAAAUGUUCCAUCAAAAGCUGCCGUGCCUGCAGGAGGGAUCACCCCUGACAAGCUGUUCCACAUGAUGAAGGAUCAGACCAUGUCUCUUAUUGUCAUGGACGCCCGCAACUGCAAGGACUUUGAGGAGUCUCGCAUUCAGGUCCCCACCCAGACUUGUAUCAACGUGCCAGAGGAAGCCAUCCGCCCAGGAAUCACUGUGAACCAGAUUGAAUCAAAGCUUCCAGAAGCUUCCAGAGACCUGUGGAGACGCAGGGGCUUUGUGGACUACAUUGUCCUGCUGGACUGGUUCAACUCUGUCAGCGAUCUCAAGCUUGGCACCACACUGCAAAGCCUCAAAGAUGCCCUCUACAAGUGGGACAGCACCACCAUUCUGCGUAGUGAGCCCAUGGUACUGGAGGGAGGCUAUGAGAACUGGCUGCUUUUCUACCCUAUGUACACAACCAACUCCAAGGUCAAAGCCCCGAGACAAGUCACGGUCAACAACCUCCCCCAACUGAACUUCAGCUAUCCAUCCCUGGAGGAGCCCAAGCCUCCAACGCCCCCUCCCCCAGAGCCAGAGCCCCAGGUCCAGCCCCAGGUCCAGCCCCAGCCCCAGGUCCAGCCCCAGGUCCCCCUCCAGGUAAAUGGAGCCCCCUCAGUAGAGCAGUUCCACCCUGAGCCCCCAUCCACAAGGACAGAGAGCCUGCCGGACGCCACAGAUUAUCCUGUCACAGCAUCCUCACUCUCUGGAGUAGACCUCACCAAGAAGGGCCCAAACCGAGGGUCAGGCAGCACCACCGGCCUGCCUGCUGCCGCUGUCAAACCCAUUCCCCAGAUUGAUCGCACCAAGAAGCCCUCCGUGCGGGUGUCUGACAUCUCCAAACCCAGCCAGGACGGUCUGCCGUCUCAAAACGGCCCCUCAGUCCCCGACCGCUCGGUCAAACCACACUUCGGCUCCGGCGUCACUCCGUCCGACGACCAGGACCGUUGUCCGGAGGAGGAGGGAAGGGACGGUGAUCACCAGGAGAAACUGAGCGGGGAGAAAGAAAGGCAGGAGAGAGCGGAGGGCGAGAGACAUAGGAAGGAAGAAGAGGAGAGAAAGUACCAGGAGAGGAAGAAACUGGAGAGGCAGAAAGCAGAGGAGGAGGAGGAGUCGAAGGAGGGUAGGGGCGGGGAGAAGAGAGGGAAGGAGUCAAACUCAGACACACCCACCAAGAGUGCAUCUCUGGACUCUCCUGCUCCCAACCGCAUCAUCACUGAGAUUAAGCGAGAGCCGCUGACCAGAGCCAGAAGUGAGGAGAUGGGGAGGAGUGUCCCAGGCCUGCCUGACGGCUGGAUGAAGUUCCUGGACAUCGUGACCGGUACGUACCGGUACUACCACUCUCCCACCAACAGGGUCCACCUGUACCCCCCUGAGGUGAGCGUCCCCCAGACCCCGCCCUCCACCCCGCCCAUGGCCAAACAGAAACAGGCGCACCCUGCCGAGCCGGAGCCCAGCCAGGAAUGUGAGCGCGAGCAGUCCAAACUGAAACGUUCCUACUCCUCGCCUGACAUCAGCCAGGACCUGAGAGAGGACAUCCAGAAGAAGGCCGUCGCCACUGUAGCCACACCCGCCAUCAACAGAGACACCAAGCCUGCCACUAACGUCUACGCCAAGGUGGAGAUCACUCGGCCGUCGGCCGCCAAGAUACGCAACUUGAACCCCGUGUUCGGCGGCAUGGGCGCUUUGCUGACCGGCCUGCGUAACCUAGGUAACACGUGCUACAUGAACUCCAUCCUGCAGUGUCUGUGCAACACCCCUGCCAUGGCUGAGUACUUCAACAACAACUACUACCAGCAGGACAUAAACAGGGCCAACAUUCUGGGCCAUAAGGGGGAGGUGGCGGAGGAGUUUGGGGUCAUCAUGAAGGCCCUGUGGUCAGGCCAGUACAAGUGCAUCAGCCCACGGGACUUUAAGAUCACCAUUGGGAAGAUCAACGAUCAGUUCUCUGGUUACGAGCAGCAGGACUCCCAGGAGCUGCUGCUGUUUCUCAUGGACGGCCUGCACGAGGACCUCAACAAGGCAGACAACCGGAAGCGGUACAAGGAGGAGGAAAACGACCACCUGGAUGACCAGCGCGCAGCAGACCUGGCAUGGAGCAAGCACAAGCUACUCAAUGAGUCCAUCAUCGUGGCGCUGUUCCAGGGACAGUUCAAGUCCACCGUGCAGUGUCUCACCUGCCACCGCAAGUCACGCACCUUCGAGACCUUCAUGUACCUGUCGCUGCCCCUUGCCUCCACCAACAAAUGCUCCCUACAGGACUGCCUGAAGCUGUUCUCCAAGGAGGAGAGGCUGACUGACAACAACAAGGUGUUCUGCAGACAUUGCAAAGCCCACCGAGACUCGACCAAGAAACUGGAGAUCUGGAAGGUUCCUCCCAUUCUGCUGGUGCACUUAAAACGCUUCUCCUACGAGGGACGGUGGAAACAGAAGCUGCAGACCAGCGUGGACUUCCCUCAGGAGAGUCUGGACCUGGCCCAAUAUGUCAUUGGACCCAAGCAGAACCUCAAGAGAUACAACCUGUUUGGAGUGUCUAACCACUAUGGGGGUCUUGACGGAGGUCACUACACCGCCUACUGUAAGAAUGCCCAGAAACAGCGCUGGUACAAAUUUGAUGACCAUGAGGUGUCUGACAUCUCCACCUCUUCUGUGAAGUCCUCCGCUGCCUACAUCUUGUUCUUCUCUACUCUGUGAAGCACCAGGGGGGACAUGGGCACCCCAGAAGACUCGACUUACUGAGCCAGCGCUGCUCUGAGCAACAAGCUGCUUUCUGCUUACAGCUCUGACAUAGGACCCGGUGAGAAGACUUGCAGACUUGCAGAGAGGACGAAAGUGUGCGUGUGUGAGUGCGUGUGCAAGAGUGAGUGUGCGUUGUUGUGUUUGUGAGAGUGUGGGUGUGUGAGCUCGCGUGAAAAGAGUGUGUGAGAGUUAGACAUGUGCUGGGAUGUGUAUUCCAGCAUGCCUCUGAGAGAGAGAGAGAGACAGACAGAGGGAGGGACGGACGGAGAGAGGGACUGACAAACAGACAGUUGGGGAGAGACAGAGAUGUAGACACAGUCUGAAACUAGAUGAUUCCAUAGCUGUUAAAACGUGUCUAUUUAAAUUACUGACAGUAGAGAAAAGUACCUUUAACACACACAUACACACUGCUGCCAGACUAAUACUACAGAAUAAGAUGCAUACCAAGACUAGAACCCAAACUUCACCGCCAUCAAAGUUGUCGUAGAGCUGAGAUCCACGUUAAAUACUGUCUCACGGUUCUGUCUCAAACUCUGUCAAUUUUGACGGCAUCCUUGUUUAACAGACAUCGCUUUUGCGUGUGAAUAGACCAUAUUGAAUCGUUGGCAGAGAUUGUUGUCAGAUGUACAUAGCGACUGCUGACCUUGCACAUUAAACAUGUACAAACUG